UAUAACUAAAUUAACAUUUAUCGAAUACGUUAUCAUUAAAUAUAAUUAUAACUAAAUUAUUUUUAUUAAGUAUAUUUUUUAAUUUUUUUAUUAUUAUUAAAAUUAAUUUAACUACAGAAUAAAAACAGAAUUUAAAAAAAAAACCAACCGCGGUCAACGCGCGGUUGAACCGACGGCUGACCGCGGUCAAAGCGCGGUUUGACCAUUGGUCAAUCGCCCUUUGACCGCGGUCAGCCGUCGGUUCAACCGCGCGUUGACCGCGGUUGACCGUCGGUCAAACCGCGAUUGGACUGCGGUUGCCUUUUUUUUUUUUUUUACCUUCUUCUCCGGCGACUGUGGAACGAGAUGGGCGGCGACGAUGGGCGACGGCGACUGGCGGGCGAUGGCGACGGAACGCGACGGCGGCGACUGUGGAGCGCGACGGCGACGGCGACGCGAUGGGCGGCGGCGACUGUGGAGCGGGACGGCGACGGGACUGGCGGGCGGGAGUGCACGGCGACGGGAGUGGGCGGCGACGGGAGUGCACGGCGACGGGAGUGGGCGGCGACGGGAGUGGCGGGCGGCGGCGACUGGCGGUCGAGAUCGGCGGCGGCGACGGGACUGGCGAGAGGAGUCCGGCCGGUGAGGGAGGUCGCGGGUGGUGAGAGCAGUUUUUUUUUUUUUUUUUUGACUGUAGUGGUGAGAGGAAUUGGGGGGAAGUAGAAUUUGAAAAUUGGUAAGGGUUUGUUUGUUUAAGUCAAUUGGGAGUUUUUGUUUAAGGGUAUAUAAGUAAUUGUACAUUCAAGUUAGGGCGAUGUUUAGCAAUUCUUAGGGCGACAUUUAGCGAUUCAGGACGAAAAUACCCUUCCUACUUUCACUCUCGUUACAGGAAAUUUGAAAUGGAGCAAAUCAAACUCUUUAAAAUGU